CUCCCAGGUCCGCACUCUGCUCUAUUUCACGCUUUGUUCUCUCGCGCUGGGAUUAGAGAGAGAGAGAGAGAGAGAGAGAGAGAGAGAAUGUCAAAUGGGGAGGGUUUCAUCGGGUCGAUCGAUCAAGGAACGACGAGCACCAGAUUUAUCAUCUACGAUCGAAGUUCUCGAGUCGUUGGCUCUCAUCAGGUUGAAUUCACACAGUACUAUCCCGAAGCAGGAUGGGUAGAGCACGAUCCAAUCGAAAUUCUCGAGAGCGUUCGAGUUUGCAUUAUGAAGGCUAUCGAUAAGGCGACUGCGAGCGGGCACAACGUUGAUGGAGGAUUGAAGGCUAUUGGUCUUACUAAUCAGAGAGAGACUAUAGUGCUUUGGAGCAAAUCUACUGGUUUGCCUCUUUAUAAUGCUAUCGUUUGGAUGGAUGUUAGAACGAGUUCCAUUUGCAGGAGGUUGGAGAAGGAUUUAUCAGGGGGAAGGACCCAUUUUGUAGAAACGUGUGGCUUGCCUAUCAGUACUUAUUUUAGUGCCCUUAAGCUGUUAUGGUUGCUAGAAUCGGUUGAUGGUAUUAAAGAAGCUGUGGAAUCAGGGGAUGUUCUGUUUGGUACUGUAGAUACAUGGUUGAUUUGGAAUCUAACUGGAGGUUGUGGCUGUGAAGAUGAAAAUAAAAAUAUGGUGACUGGACUGCAUGUUACAGAUUGCUCCAAUGCAUCUAGAACUAUGCUAAUGAAUCUCAAAACCCUUGACUGGGAUAAAUCCACAUUAGAUGCCUUAGGAAUACCCAUUAAAAUUUUGCCUAAGAUCAUUAGUAAUUCGGAGGUUAUUGGCAAGAUCACGAGUGGGUGGCCGAUUGCAGGUGUCCCAAUCGCCGGUUGCCUUGGCGAUCAACAUGCUGCGAUGCUUGGGCAGGCAUGUCGGAAGGGUGAGGCCAAGAGCACUUAUGGGACGGGUGCAUUUAUACUACUCAAUACUGGCGAUGAGCCUGUGAAGUCCACACAUGGGUUGCUUACCACCAUUGCAUACAAGCUCGGUCCCAAUGCCCCGACGAAUUAUGCUUUGGAAGGGUCAAUUGCUAUAGCUGGCGCAGCUGUUCAAUGGCUGAGGGAUAGUCUUGGAAUAAUUUCUUCUGCGAGCGAGAUCGAGCACUUGGCGGAGACAGUUGAGAAUACAGGUGGGGUAUAUUUUGUGCCAGCUUUUAAUGGGUUGUUUGCACCGUGGUGGCGUGAUGAUGCACGUGGAGUUUGUCUAGGGAUUACGCGGUUUACGGAAAAAGGUCACAUUGCACGUGCGGUGCUUGAGAGCAUGUGUUUUCAGGUGAAUGAUGUGAUUGAGUCAAUGCAGAAGGACUCAGGGGUUAAUCGGAAUUCUGAAGCUGAGAAGAAAGAGUUCUUGCUGAGGGUAGAUGGGGGUGCCACAGUGAACAACCUUUUGAUGCAGAUACAGGCGAACUUAUUGGGUAGUCCUGUGGUCAGGCCAGCCGACAUAGAGACAACCGCCCUCGGAGCUGCAUAUGCUGCUGGAUUGGCUUGUGGAUUUUGGACAGUAGAUGAGAUUUUUGCACAGAAGACUGAAAAAAGUGCCAUUUUCCAGCCCAAAAUGGCUGAGGAGCAGCGAAAAAAGAAGUCGGAUUCAUGGUGCAAGGCCGUGUCUAGAACUUUCGAUUUGGCUGACCUAUCCAUCUAGAAUUGCAUCCUAUCUUCUUUCUUUUAAAAUGCUGUUUCCAUUAUUUUUCUUUUUAAUAAGAAAUUGCUUGUGUAGUCUUUUUUUCAUGGAAGACUUUCUCCUUGCUUUAGUAGAUUGUCAUCGAAAUGAAAAUGAUGUUAUUUCUA